GGCCCCGCCCCGGCUGAGGCGCCGCCGCCGCCCGGUGUCCGCGGGGCGGCAUGAGGAGAGCCGGGGGCGGCUGCCGGGGCCGCCAUGUCGCUGCUCUGCGUGCGAGUAAAAAAAGCUAAACUCCAUGGACCACCAGAUAAAUUCAAUACAUAUGUGACCUUGAAAGUGCAAAAUGUGAAGAGCACGACGGUGGCCGUGCGAGGUGACCAGCCCUGCUGGGAACAGGAUUUUAUGUUUGAAAUCAAUCGGCUGGACCUGGGCCUAAUUGUGGAAGUAUGGAACAAAGGACUGAUAUGGGACACCCUGGUUGGGACCGUGUGGAUUGCUCUGAAGGCCAUUCACCAGUCUGAUGAGGAAGGUCCUGGGGAAUGGUCUACACUGGAGGCAGAAGUUGUAAUGAAACAUGAUGAAAUCUGUGGAACCAAAAACCCCACUCCUCAUAAAAUUUUACUGGACACAAGAUUUGAAUUACCUUUUGAUAUCCCUGAAGAAGAGGCCAGAUACUGGACCAGAAAAUUAGAACAAAUAAAUUCACUGGGAGAUGAUGAGUAUCCCUUUCAGGAGGAAGUCCAGAAGAAACCAUUGCCCAGUGCUGCCUCCCAGUGUUGCAACUGGAGUUAUUUCGGAUGGGGAGAGCAGCUGACCUUUGAAGAUGCUGACAGUGCUGUGGAUGACCGGGACAGCGACUACCGCAGCGAGACGAGCAGCAGCAUCCCCCCUCGAUACCACAGCACGGUGCAGCCCAACGCCUCCGUGCACCAGUUCACGGGCCCGGCCUGCCUGCAGCAGCAGGGCGUCCUGCGGGAUUCCUGUGCCGACUCCCUCCACAACUAUGAUCUGGAUUAUCGGGAGCAUGUGGCCGCCAGUCCUGCUGGCAGUAGUAGAUAUGGCUCCUCUUGCAAUGUCAGCCAGGAAAGCUCUCACCUCAGCGAGCUGGAACAUUCCCAUGAAAGUGCCCACGGCUCUGAGCAGGAGGAUGAUCACCAGGAAAGGCAGUCAAAUCACUCUUACCACAGUUCAUGCAGCUACCAGAAGGAUGGUCAGGCAUGGCUCAAGGAGCAAGAGGAGCCUCAUGGCAAAGGAGAGGAGGAGAAGGUCUGCAAAGCUGAGGAAAAGCCUGCAGACCAUUCUGCAGCUAAGUUACCUCUGGAACUUGAGAAGCCCAAGGAUGUUGAUGCAGGAGUCCAAAUGAGCUACCAGGGUGACAUCGAGCCACCACCGUUUCCUCCAGCAAGAGCCCGUUGGAUUAGAGCCAUUAGCAAAGUACGACUGCAGCUUCAACAGGGCCAAGAUGAGGCUGAUCCAUCAAAACCACCCUGGCUCAAAGGAGGGCCUGCAGGUGGUCUCUAUGGCAUUGAUAGCAUGCCUGAUCUGCGCAAAAAAAAGCCAAUUCCACUUGUCAGUGAUCUGGCCAUGUCACUGGUUCAGUCCCGAAAAGCCGGAAUUACCUCAGCAAUGGCUACUAGAACAUCUCUCAAAGAUGAAGAGCUGAAAUCUCAUGUCUAUAAGAAGACCUUGCAAGCCUUAAUUUACCCCAUCUCUUGUACAACCCCACACAACUUUGAAGUGUGGACAGCCACAACUCCUACCUACUGCUACGAGUGUGAGGGGCUGCUGUGGGGCAUCGCGCGGCAGGGAAUGCGCUGUGGGGAGUGCGGGGUCAAGUGCCACGAGAAGUGCCAAGACCUGCUCAAUGCUGACUGCCUGCAGAGAGCAGCAGAGAAGAGCUCGAAGCAUGGAGCUGAAGACCGGACCCAGAAUUUCAUCAUGGCCAUGAAGGAUCGCAUGAAAAUCCGGGAGCGGAACAAGCCUGAGAUCUUCGACUUGAUCAGAGAUGUGUUUUGUGAGAGCAAAAUGACACAUGCUCAGCAGAUGAAGACCGUGAAACAGAGUGUGCUGGAUGGUACCUCAAAAUGGUCAGCAAAGAUCACAAUCACUGUGGUGUGUGCUCAGGGUCUGCAGGCCAAAGACAAGACUGGGUCCAGUGAUCCAUAUGUAACUGUUCAAGUGGGUAAAACGAAGAAGAGGACAAAAACGAUCUUUGGGAAUCUGAACCCUGUAUGGGAAGAGAAGUUUUACUUUGAGUGCCAUAAUUCCUCUGACCGGAUCAAGGUGCGAGUGUGGGAUGAAGAUGAUGACAUCAAGUCUCGUGUCAAGCAGAGGCUGAAACGCGAGUCAGAUGAUUUCCUGGGGCAAACAAUCAUUGAAGUUCGCACUCUGAGCGGAGAAAUGGAUGUGUGGUACAACCUUGAGAAGCGAACAGAUAAGUCUGCAGUGUCCGGGGCUAUUCGCCUGCAAAUCAGUGUGGAGAUCAAAGGCGAGGAGAAAGUGGCUCCAUAUCAUGUUCAGUACACUUGCCUUCAUGAGAAUCUCUUUCACCAUCUCACAGAUGUGCAAGGGAAUGGGGUGGUGAAGAUCCCUGAUGCCAAAGGAGAUGAUGCAUGGAAGGUGUAUUUUGAUGAGACAGCCCAAGAGAUCGUGGAUGAAUUUGCGAUGCGUUAUGGCAUUGAGUCAAUAUACCAGGCCAUGACGCAUUUUGCAUGUCUCUCCUCUAAAUACAUGUGCCCAGGCGUGCCAGCUGUGAUGAGCACCUUACUUGCCAAUAUCAAUGCUUAUUAUGCACACACCACUGCCUCCACAAAUGUGUCUGCUUCGGACCGCUUUGCAGCCUCCAAUUUUGGGAAAGAACGAUUUGUAAAGCUUCUGGAUCAGCUUCAUAAUUCACUUCGGAUUGAUCUCUCAAUGUACAGGAAUAACUUCCCAGCCAGCAGCCGUGAGAGGCUGCAGGACCUGAAGUCUACAGUGGAUUUGCUGACCAGCAUCACGUUUUUCAGGAUGAAGGUCCAAGAGCUUCAGAGUCCACCCCGAGCUAGCCAGGUGGUGAAGGAUUGUGUAAAAGCUUGCCUCAAUUCCACCUACGAGUACAUUUUCAACAACUGUCAUGAGCUGUACAGUCGGGAGUACCAGACAGAUCCUAACAAAACUCAGGACCUUCCUGCCGAGGAACAGGGCCCCAGCAUCAGAAACCUUGACUUCUGGCCCAAGCUCAUCACUUUGAUAGUUUCCAUCAUAGAAGAGGACAAGAAUUCUUAUACCCCAGUCCUGAAUCAGUUUCCUCAGGAGCUUGCAGUUGGAAAGAUCAGCGCAGAAGUGAUGUGGAGUCUUUUUGCCCAGGAUAUGAAAUAUGCCAUGGAAGAGCAUGAGAAACACAGACUGUGUAAAAGUGCGGACUAUAUGAAUUUACACUUCAAAGUGAAGUGGCUGUACAAUGAAUACGUUCGUGAUCUGCCUGCCUUCAAGGGAAAAGUGCCUGAAUAUCCAGCGUGGUUUGAGCAGUUUGUGAUGCAGUGGCUGGAUGAAAAUGAAGAUGUUUCCUUAGAUUUCCUGCACGGUGCUCUGGAGAGAGAUAAAAAAGAUGGGUUCCAGCAAACAUCCGAGCACGCUCUGUUCUCUUGCUCAGUGGUGGAUGUGUUCACCCAGCUCAACCAGAGCUUUGAGAUCAUUAAGAAGCUGGAGUGCCCAGACCCUGUCAUUGUUGCCCACUACAACAGGAGGUUUGCAAAGACUAUUGGGAAAGUGCUGAUGCAGUAUGCUGACAUACUCUCCAAGAGCUUUGAGUCCUACUGUUCUAAGGAGAAACUGCCCUGCAUCCUGAUGAACAACAUCCAACAACUGCGGGUGCAGCUGGAGAAGAUGUUUGAAGCCAUGGGUGGUAAAGAGUUGGAUGCAGAAGCAAGUGACCAUCUCAAAGAGCUCCAGGUGAAGCUGAACAAUGUUUUGGAUGAGCUCAGUGCAGUGUUUGGUAACAGCUUUCAGACACGGAUUGAUGAAUGUGUCAAGCAAAUGUCUGAUAUCCUCUGUCAAGUGAAAGGGACAGCAAAUUCUGCGGCUAAUGCCAGAAACACAGUUGCACAAGAUGCAGAUAAUGUCCUGAGGCCACUGAUGGACUUCCUGGAUGGAAACCUGACACUGUUUGCAACUGUGUGUGAAAAGACAGUGUUGAAACGGGUGCUGAAAGAGCUCUGGAGGGUGGUAAUGAACACCAUGGAGAAGCUGAUUGUGCUGCCUCCUCUUACAGACCAUACGGGCACACAGUUGAUUUUCAGUGCUGCUAAGGAACUGGGACACUUGUCAAAGUUGAAGGAUCAUAUGGUGAGGGAAGAAACCAGGAGCCUCACUCCAAAGCAGUGUGCUGUUCUGGACCUGGCACUGGAUACAAUCAAACAAUAUUUCCAUGCUGGUGGGAAUGGUCUGAAGAAAACCUUCUUGGAGAAGAGUCCAGACCUACAGUCACUUCGAUAUGCUCUCUCCCUCUACACUCAGACCACGGACACUCUCAUCAAAACAUUUGUCCAGUCUCAGACAGCUCAGGUGCAUGAUGGGAAAGGUAUAAGGUUUACCGCUAAUGAGGACAUUCUUCCUGAUAAGGGCUCCGGUGUGGAUGAUCCCGUGGGAGAAGUGUCCAUCCAGAUCGACCUGUACACCCACCCAGGAACUGGGGAGCACAAGGUCACGGUGAAAGUUGUGGCAGCCAACGACCUGAAGUGGCAGACGUCUGGCAUGUUCCGUCCAUUUGUUGAAAUCACCAUGAUUGGGCCCCACCAGAGUGACAAGAAGAGGAAGUUCACAACCAAGUCAAAGAGCAACAACUGGGCUCCAAAAUACAAUGAAACAUUUCAUUUCAUCCUGGGGAAUGAAGAUGGCCCCGAUGCCUACGAGCUCCAAGUCUGUGUGAAGGAUUACUGCUUUGCCCGGGAGGACCGGGUUCUGGGGAUAGCAGUGAUGCAGCUCAGAGACAUAGCAGACAAAGGAAGUUGUGCUUGCUGGUGCCCCCUCGGGCGCAGGAUUCACAUGGAUGAGACUGGACUCACAAUCCUGAGGAUUCUGUCUCAGAGAACCAAUGAUGAAGUUGCCAAGGAAUUUGUGAAGCUGAAAUCUGAGUCCCGCUCCACAGAGGAAGGCACCUGAGCUGAGCUGUUCCCUUUCCUCUUCUGCCUUGUGCCAAUAUGUGCAAGUGUUCAACAAUUCUUUUAUUAAUUGCAAAAGGUUUUUUUCAUGUUGUCUUUGUCAGCUCCGAUAGCGCACGUGUGCUGUAUAGGAAACAAAUCCAUCAAUCUGAUGUGAAUUAUUUAUUUUUUAGUAGCUGGGUAAGACACCGUAGAGAAUGAGACAAUCUCUUCUUACUUAACAUGUAAAUUCUGCUUUGUGUAUAUAAAUUAUUUUAUAUUGGAGGCUGGAAUUGCUGGGUUUUGUUGAUAUGCAGCACUGUGAUUUUAUCCUCUGAAUUUGGCAGGCAUUAAAAAGGUUCUGCGUAAUCACACUACGAUGCAAACACAACUGUGUGGAAAUUGGGAGGAGAUGAUUUGGGGGGGUUUGACAAAGCACAGUUAUCUCUCAUUGAAUUCACGUACUGUGGAGCUGCCUGGGGAUCUUCUGACACAGAUUAUGCCAACGUGAUAUACAGACACCUCAACAUCUGCUGAAAGAAGAAGAGGUUGCAGAUGGCUCUGAAGAUGCACACCAAGUGAAUGUACCUCCACGGAUGUGCUGCUGUGAGCACGGGCCAGACCAGGGCCACAAACCCAGGGUGGGGCCUGAGAUCUCGUAGCCAAAAGCUGCAAAGGCAGCGCACCAGGAGCAGGCUGCAGCUGUAAUUAGCUGGUGUGUCUCGGAGAAUACAAAUCCCCACGUGCUGCUGGGAGUCCCUGAUGGCCGUGGGAGUGCUGUAAGCUGCUCAGCUCCGUAAGGCACGCUCGGGCUGCCGUGACCAACACGGUCGGGAAGGGAUCGGCGUUAGAAUCGUAGAGUUAGAGCCAUUACAAAUCACAUGGCUGCUAUGUGCUUUUUCCACUUCAAUAUUCUUUUGUUAGUGCUUGACAGAGGAUUGGAUAAUUUAAUAUUGCAGGCUUUCUGUAGCAUUUUAUUACCCUGGAGUAGCUAAGACCAUUCCUCACUAUGAACCCAGAAAUGAUGGCUUGCUUGGGAGAGAGGAACACACCUCCCCUCUGCAAGCCUUCAGUCUGGAGUGCUGGUCAAGGGGCAGCACGUCCGUUUGCUUCUGAUCUUGGAGAUGCUGUUGGCCGUGCUGUGGUUGAUCCGUGCUGAUUGUCAUUAAUCUUAUAAUACCAUUGACAAUACCAUUGAAAUAUUUUUGCACUGUCUUAAAGAAGCAUCCUGCUUUUGUUUUCUUAAAAAAACAAAACACUGUCCUGAGCAAAGUAAUUGCAGGGAGGUCAGAAUUUCUGACUGAAAAUUAGUGAGCAGGAAGGUCUGGAAUGGUGAUUGCACCUGAGGCAUGUUUGUUGGAGGGUUUUUAUUGGGGAUAUUUUUGCUUUUCCAGCUGCCCUUGUGCUCUGGAAAGUGCAGCUGGAACAAGCCAGUCCUUGCCCAUAAAGUACUGUAAUACUGUCAAUAAAUUCAAGGACUGCAUAUUGAAUGACUUUUUUCCUUUCUAUUUUCUCUGACACUUGUGUAGCUGUAUGAUGUGACUCCUGUAUUUCACGGGCCUGCUUGUAGAGUUCUGAGACAGCACAUCUGCUUUGUUCUUGUCCAUGGUGUGUUGUAAUAAUGCUCUUCAAAACUCCACACUAUUUGUCAUGGUUUUGAAUCAUUGUACGUGCCAUUGUUGGGAGAACUGUUAGUAUGGUCUUUAAUAAACUCUUUUAGCAGCAUGUGGUCUUGUCUAUUGGAGUGUAACUGUGAUUGGGUUUCUUAAACCAUGGAGGGCAGAGCCACUGCUGCAUCUUUGGAAAUU